AUGAGGGGUUCACAUAGUCUAUUCAACCCGACGGUGGCCCUCCGCAAGGUCUUUGUAAGCAAUGCCGUCGCAUUUGAAGGAUCAAUGCAUCUGCGGCUCUUGCUGGCCCCCGCGAUAGGGCACUUGUAUCCAAAUCCAUCCAGUUCCGCGCCAUCAAACCGUUUCUUUACUACCGGCUAUGCCGCCCAAAUGAAGUGGCGCCGUCAGUCGCCUCAAGCUGAGACCACGGUCAAGGAGAAAAACAAACUAAUCUGCGACCACAACAUUCCUUACUCCAUGGUGCAGAUUCGUCAGGAUGACGGAACGCUCUCUCCUCCCGAACGAACAACUGGCCUCCUCAGGUCACUCAAUCUAAACCAGUACAGUGUUGUACUGCUCGCUCCACCCCGAAAGGAUGACAAGUCCAAGGGUCCGGAAUAUGCGAUCGUACGCAUCAUCGACAAGAUCGCGGAGCGCAAAGAGGAAGAGGCGAAGGCAGCGGCAAAGCGAGCGAACAAAGUUACCCAAAAGCAACUGGAAAUCAACUGGUCCAUUGCUCCUCAUGAUCUGCAAAUCCGCAUGAAACAGCUCAAGCAGUUCUUAACUAAGGGCUACCAGGUGCAAGUUACCCUGAUGUCGAAACGGGGCAAGCGCGCGGCGACGCAGGAAGAGGCCAAAAAGGCUCUGCAAACCGUCUGGGACACUAUAGCAGAUGUCCCUGGCACGUCUCAGUACAAGAAGGAGCAAGGAGAGGUGGGAAAGACAGUCAUGCUGUUUAUCCAGGGCCCCACUCCUCGGCCUGCCGAGAAUCAGUCGGCUGGAACAGCUGCUAAAGAGACAGCUGAGACACCGGCGGAGAUGGCACAGCAGACUACUCAGUAG